AUGCCACCCAAGAGAGCACAAAUGAGCUUCACACAAUGUACACGGGCUGAGCUGCUGGGAGCAGCGCUGGCUGCCGGUCCAGCCGGCAGACGGCCAGGUGGCUUCGGCGCCGUCUCGGCGCCGCCCUCGACCCCGGGUCACGGGAAGCGGUCCGCCGCGGCCGAGCCCAGCCCAGUCCAGUCCCAGUGGCCGGGGUCUGGCGCGGCCGCAUCGCUGCUGGCGAUCAGCCCCCAGCCUCAGCCCCAGGCGAGACCGUCUCGCAUGCCGAGCCGCGGGCGCCGCCGGCGCCACAGGCAGGCAAGGUCGGCGCUGGGCCCCCACUCCGCUCCGCACUGCCCCUUUUGGCACGACAGCCUGCCUGUCCCCGGGAGGCGUCGACCCGCCGCCCCGGACACGCCCCUCGCCGCUCGCCUCACGCCUCACGCCUCACGCCUCGCGCCGGGGUCGGGUCACGCGGCCACAAAUCCUCGUCGAGUGGCGCCGGCGCCAGACUCCAGACCGCAGCCUGUUGUCGCCUCGCCUCUCAUCGCCUCGCCUCGUUCACAGCCGGCGGUCAGGCGAGACGCCGUAAAAACGCAGGCCAGACAAAGCACGCCGGGCCACGCCGCCUGUUCACAGGGCGUCACCUAG